CUGCCAGGCCCCCGGCUGGCAGAGGGCAGUGAGCAGGUUCUGAUCCCUGCGCGGCCGUUGGUAACCCGGGCGACGACCGACGAACAAACCGACGGGAAAUUCCAACUGUUUUACACAUGUAAGGUUUGCGACACGAGGAACAGCAAACUAAUAUCGAAAAUGGCUUACCGUCGCGGCGUGGUUUUGGUGAAAUGCGUCGGUUGUGAUAACUACCACAUCAUUGCUGACAAUCUGGGCUGGUUUUCUGACCUGCAGGGCAAGCGGAACAUCGAAGAAAUACUCGAAGCAAAGGGAGAGCAAGUUAAAAAACUCGUUAUAUCGGAUGUAUUAAAUUUUGUCAAUGGCUAA